AUCGCCAUCCACUCUCAUGCUCGUACCUGGUAGACAUAAGUAGAUAGCCUUCUGCUGUCUUGUAACUUAGUUUACAAUUUCUAUUCUCGUCCCUAUUGUAACGACUGGGCUCGAAGGGGAUUGACGGAGGUACGUUGGAAGCUGAGACGUCAGCACGAGGUACGAAGCAGAGCUGGUCGAGUCUACUUCGGAGACACUAGACAACAAGACUGUUAGGUAGUAGCAAUUCUACCUGUGCACGAAGUUGGUCAAUGAAGAACAAGGUAGCAGAAGGCUGUCCUUUUAUCUUCAUCAGACUAGAGCUAGAAGCAAGAAAGACAAGAGGUAGAACCCAUAAAAGAGUAAGACAAGAAACAGGGCCAAAGUACCAAAGACUGUGGGCGACGUCUAGCCAUGGCCAGACGCGCGAAGAGACAAGAGAUGUCUCAGAUUGGUCAGGCGAGAAUAAGAGACUUGAGCCAGAAGAAAGCAAGCAACUGUUGAAGAAGCUGAACGAGUUGUUCCAUGAGCUAGA